AUGGAUAGAUAUUAUUUUUUUCCAACUUUAAAAAAGCCUUCAGGUUCUUAUAAUGAAAAGUAUGAUAAAUUUAAAAAUAUGAACAAUGCUAAUAUGUCAGAAAGUAUAAAUAUAGGAAACCCAUUUAGUAAUCACAAAUAUAAUUAUUUAUCUGAAUAUGAUAUACUUGAUAAUAGUAAUGCUCAAAUAAAAUAUCCGACACAUUAUCUUAAUAAUGUAAAAAAUAGACUGACAAAAGAAUCAAAUCAAUAUACAGAUUUUUCAUGUAAUACCAAUUCAUCUACCGCAUAUGACACUAAUUUAUAUGGUAACAAUUUUAUGCUAAAUAAUCGUUACUCCUACAUAAGGGCAAAAUAUCUCAAAGGAAAUAAUUAUAAUAUUAAUAACAUUCCAGAAGAACAAGAAAACGACACCAACCCAUUUACGGUUAAUUUGGACAACUUUAAUAAUAAACAUACAAAAAAAAAUGAUAAUAAUACUAAAGAGAUAGACACAUGCAUCAUGUUCAAAAAAAAUUAUACAAAUAAUUCUUUAAAAAUAAAUAAAAAUAUGAACAGUAAUGUUUUAGAAGAAUGUAUUAGCUACACACCAGCUAAUACUUUACCAAACUGUACAUUUGAUAACAAAAGUGAUAUUAAAAUGAGGGGAUACAAAAAUAAUUACAUAUAUGCAUAUGAUAACAAAAAUAGUGAAUCAAACUUUGAAACGAAUAAAUUUUAUGGUGAUAUAGAAGCAGUUAUGACAUAUAAAACAUUUGACGAAAAAAUGCAAAGUUUGGAAGAAAAUAGUAAUUCCCUAUCAGUUUAUUCACAAAAAUAUAAUAAAGAAGUAAACGAAAAUGAAAGUAUAUAUUUAAGAAAUAGUAUCUCCCAAUUAAUAAAAAGAGAGUUAUCAAACUGUAAAGAAAAUAAUAUAUUUAUAAAAUUUAUUAUGUCUGAAAUAAAUAUAAACAUAAAGAUAUAUAAACUAUUUAUAAUUUUGAUAGUAUUAAUAUUAUUAUCAUUAUCUAAAAAUAUUCAAAACUAUGCAGUUGUUACUAGAAAAUGUUAUAAUAUAUAUGAAAGUCCAUUAAAAUCUACAAAAAGAUUAUUAAAAUAUAUGAUUAUUAUUUUUAAAAUUAUAUAUAAAUGUUCUUUUCCAAUUUUUUCAUAUAUAAUAUCAUUUAUAUUUGUUACUAUUAUCAGAACAUUUAUCCUUUUAAAUAUCCCUAUAUUUAUAUUCAUAUUAUAUUGGAAAAUUCUAAUAAAAAAUGAAGAAUCACAUAUAAAAUUUUAUUGUCAAACAUAUUUUAAUAUAUAUAUGUAUAUUAUUAUGCAGGUUGCACCCAUUUUUAAAAAUUGUUCAAAAACACAAAUAUUGAGUAAUUUAUUGUUUUUAUCAUACAGACUUUAUCAGUUUAUUUUUAUUUACAUUGGUAGAUUUUUUAUAAAAUUUUAUAAGGACAAUCUUUACCCUUUUACUCAGCAUAAACAAGAGGACAUAUUGCACAAGACAUAG